AUGUCGAAAGAGAAUGAGACAAGACAAGGGGGUUCCAGCGACCCAAGAUUUGCUGGUGUCGAAAAUGAUCCAAAGUUUCGCGAAACCAGGGCCAAAAAGUUUAAGAUCAAGCUAGAUGACAGAUUUAGCAAAAAGGACCUCGAAUUCAAGCGCAAGGCGCGUGUGGAUAAAUACGGCAGACGCCUGAAGGGUCAAGAAAGCAAGGAUAAAAGAGAUUUUGAUAAAUACUACGAGAAGGAGAAGUCAGGUAAGACUGCGCCAGACAGUGAGCUUGUUGGCAAGCCAAGCGAGGAGGACAGCGAGGGUGGAAGUUCUGACGAAGAAGGAGCUGCUUCAGCCAAAACCGUUUCUCUCGACAGAGCACGUGGAGAAGUUCAUAGUGAUUACGUGUCGUCGUCGGACGAAGAAUCUUCUUCUGAAUCUGAGGAAGACUCCGCAGACAGCGAUCUCGAGAGCGAAGAGUCUGAAGUGCAGAUCGAGGAGGGAGAGGUCAAAUCCGGCGAUAGUAGCAAGACCUUGGCGGUAGUGAAUCUUGACUGGGACCACGUGAAGUCCACGGACUUGAUGGUAACAUUUUCCAGCUUUGUGCCUAAAGGAGGAAAGAUUAACAGGGUCGCCAUCUACCCUAGUGAGUUUGGUAAAGAGAGACUGGCAAAGGAGGAGACCGAGGGGCCUCCUAGGGAGAUUUUUAAGAGCAAGGAAAAGGGAAAGAAAUCUCACGGUGAUGACAGCGAUGAAGAACUGACUGUAAAAGACCUAUACGAAGAGGGCGAUGCGGAUGAUUUUGAUGCUAAGUCACUUCGUCGCUACCAGCUGGAAAGGCUCAGGUACUACUACGCAGUUGUUUACUGCAACAACAAGCAGACCGCAGAAUCCAUUUACAAAAACUGUGACGGCACUGAAUAUGAGUCUACAGCCAACAUGUUUGAUCUCAGGUACGUCCCUGAUGGGAUGGAUUUUGAUGACGAAGCGAGAGACGAAUGUGACAGCGUACCCAAAAAUUACAGGCCCUCCGAAUUUAGCACAGAUGCUCUUCAGCAUUCGAAGGUGAAGUUUACCUGGGACGAGACGCCAGCUGACCGUACUGCCAUGGCCAAAAGAGCGUUCACUCAAAGGGAAAUCGAGGAUAUGGACUUUAAGGCGUACCUGGCUUCUGACAGCGAGGACUCUGAGCCAGAAAACAACCAAGAGCUAAAAAACAAGCUGAAGUCCCUUGUUAACCAGUCUGUGCAAGUCGGCGAAAAGUCCAUUUUUGACCAAGAUCCCAAGGACGGUGAAAGUGAUGUAGACAUGCAAAUCACUUUCGCACCAGCCCUCGCGGAGGGGGGCAGUGGCGACGCUGAUGACGGUGAGAAGACAGAGGAAACGACUUUAGAGAAAGUUAGACGUAAGGAGAAAGAACGCAAAAAGAUGAGAAAGGAGCGCAUAAAGGAACUGAAGAAGCAAGCUGAGGACGACAAAAAACAGAAGUUGAAAGAGGCUAGACGCAAACCGGAACCAUCUGCUACCGACUCGAAGUCCCAGGCAGAACUUGAACUGUUAAUGAUGGACGAUUCCGAGGAAGCAAACUCUAAGCUCAAUAAGAAAGCGCACUUCAAUAUGAAUGAGAUUGUCCGGUCCGAAAAGGAAAAGGGUAAAAAGGCCAAGUUCCAAGACAAAAACAGGAUUGUCGAAGACGAAUUCAAACCAGAUCUCAAUGACCCUAGAUUCAGCGAAGUUUUCGAAGACCACGAUUUCGCCAUCGAUCCUUCUCAGCCUGAAUUCAAGGGCACGGCUGCUAUGAAGCAAAUUCUUCAAGAACGUAACAAGAGGUCUCAAAAGGGAAAAAAUAAAAAGCGUGAGGCCAACGGCGACAUUGCUGAGCCCUCUGGUAAUAACGAUCUCAAGGGCCUUGUGAACAAGCUAAAGCAUUCUUCAAAGAACAAGAGACAAAGAAGGUGA